GUCAUCGGCGCGCGCCUGCUCUGCGGGAACUUUAGCGGGCGGUAAGCGCGGGUGGCGCGCGACCCUGGGGCCUCUCUGCCGCGCGCGGCCAAGGGACUGAUGUUUGAACGGGAAGCUUCAAAACUUUUUAAAGAAACUUUCAGAAUGGCUUUGAACGAGACACGCUAGACAUCGCCUGAGAGCACUGCCUUCAGCAUGCGUCUCCCCUGUUGGGCUUCCCUGGUGAGGAGCUCUUUGAAGGGGCUGUUCUGCAGAGGACCAGAGACCUGAUGCUCAUGGAACCAGGCUGGUGGAUUUGACUUUCUGGUAGAAUUCUCUUGCUUUAUUACAUUCUUUCCCAGCGUUCUGAGAGGCUGGAGGUUUUGAUGGGACCGGAGGGCCUCCAAGGAAGGGAAGCAGCACUUUCGUGCUGAAUGAAAACUAGACAAGUGACUGCUGACGACUGAAAACACCUAAGCGUUCCACAUCCAGAUUCAGCGGAUCGGGGACCCGGAGGAACUGUCACUGUUGGGGAGAAAGAAGCCAGACUGGAAAAGAAAACCCAAAUAAAGAGAAUGAGGGCCACCGGAGAGUAAAUGGCCACCUCCGCCUCGACAGAGACCAAGUCAGCCUCCUGGUGGAAUUAUUUUUUCCUCUAUGAUGGUUCCAAGGUGAAGGGAGAAGGAGACCCGACCAGAGCUGGCAUCUGUUACUUUUAUCCGCCUCAGACCCUGCUUGACCAACAGGAGCUGCUCUGUGGACAGAUUGCCGGGGUUGUCCACUGCGUUUCUGACAUUUCCGGCUCUCCCCCCACUCUCGUCCGUCUGCGGAACCUUAAGUUCGCCAUAAAGGUUGACGGCGAUUACCUUUGGGUGCUGGGCUGUGCCAUGGAACUCCCUGAUGUCAGCUGCAAGCAGCUUCUGGAUCAGCUCAUCGGCUUCUUUAAUUUUUACAAUGGGCCUGUUUCUCUGGCCUACAAGAGCUGCUCUCGGGAAGAACUGAGCACCGAGUGGGGCGUCUUCAUUGACCAGAUCCUGAGAAACACCGGUGACCUGCAUAAGAUAUUCAACUCCCUGUGGAACCUGGACCAAACAAAAGUGGAGCCCCUGCUGCUGCUGAAGGCGGCCCUCAUCCUGCAGAGCUGCCAGCGCUCGCCCCACGUCCUGGCCGGCUGCAUCCUCUAUGAGGGACUGAUCGUUAGCACCCAGCUGCCACCCUCCGUCACGGCUAAGGUCCUGCUUCAUCGAGCUGCACGUCGGGACCAGAGAAAACCUACAGGAGGGGAUGCCCCGCAGGAACAUGGAGAGGCGCUCCCUCCAGACGUUCAGAUCAUGCCUGUUUUCCUGACCGAAGAGGAAGCCGUCAGUCUCCGUGAGUUCCCCAGGGAGCCCACGACCAGCACGCCGGCGCCGUCAGCCAGACUUCAGGAGCCCCCAGCCCAGCACCCUCCAGAGGGUUUGAGCACAUCUGCCCUGAAAGAAGAUGCCCCUAGACACGUGGGCUCCAUGGCUCGGAUCUCGGAGACCACCCCUGAGCCCACAUCUCCUGAUGUCACUUGGCCAGACAGCAGCGGGGAGAACGGCCUCUGGUCUGGCUGUGAUCUGGAGGGCACCGAGCCCGCCACACGACACCACACCGCCAGGGCCAAGAGGCCGGGGCCCGACUGCUCCCUGCCGAAGGAACCUGGUUUGUCCAGAAGGGGAGAUGAACUGGACUUGUCUGAAGUCCACAUCCCGGAAGCUCAGGACACGGGAGCGUCCUCACAUUAUGCUGCCUCCGAUGGCGGGGGUCCUGGCUGCGGGGAACCUGUCAGUGACUCCGGUAACCCCAAAGCCAAGCCGCCCAAGGCCCGGCCUGAGGGCACAGCCAUCGGAGGCCUCUUCCUUCCCUCCACCCCUGAGGUGUUCAUGCAGAAUGGAGGCCUAGAACAGCUUGGAGACCUUCCUGGUGACAGCAGCCAAGCCCCCAUCCCCAGGGAAGACCACCUCCCCGGCAGGAUGCGCGGGCCUUUGUCGCCGCCUGGCUUGGAUUCGAGGCAGACGGGAACUGAGCUGCCUGUGGGAGCGCAAGGCGAGGAGCAGCACAGCGAUGGGGUCUCCGAGGGCCGCUCAGUCCCCGGCCCGGAACGCAGCUCGGGCUCGGCAGACCCGCCAGGCGACGGCCCCUCCGCAGACAGAGCUGAGCCCGGGGCCACCCCGGCAUCCUGCGCGGGGCUCCUGCGGAUGAACCUCUACACCCACAGCGUCAAAGGCCUGGUGCUGUCGCUGCUGGCCGAGGAGCCGCUGCUGGGAGACGGCGCGGCCAUCGAGGAGGUGUACCACGGCAGCCUGGCGUCACUCAACGGGCUGGAGGUGCACCUGAACGAGACGCUGCCCCGGGAGCAGGCGGCCCCUGUGGCCAGAGCCUACGGUUUCGCGCACUACGACCGCGUCCAGAACGUGCUGGCAGCCAACCUGCCACAGGUGGCCACGGCCCAGGACCGCCGCUUCCUCCAGGCCGUCAGCCUGAUGCAUUCCGACUUCGCCCAGCUGCCCGCACUCUAUGAGGUGACCGUCAGGAACGCCUCCACGGCUGUGUACGCCUGCUGCAACCCCGUCCAGGAAACCUACUUCCAGCAGCUGGCGGUGGCGGCACGGAGCUCCGGCUUCCCAAGUCCACAGGACGGCGCCUUCAGCCUCCCGGGCAAAGCCAAGCAGAAGCUGCUGAAGCACGGGGUGAACUUACUUUGAACUGUGGCAAGUUCAUGACCCCAGCAGAUGACUGUCACAUCGAACCCCAGCAAAGGAAGCUCUACCUUGUUAAAUGGAAAAGUCCCUCUAUUUUAUUUUUCUUGGAAUGUUCCUUUUUUUUAGGAGUGUAAUGAUAUUUGAGUGUUUGCUACUCCUUCUGCAGUCUGGGGUUGGAGGGGGUGGUUCUUUCAGUCAGCGGACCUGGGCACAUGGUAAAGAACUUGAUGGUGUGGGCAGCGCUGGGGCCAGGCUGGGCACCUUGACUCCUCACACCCAAGGGGCACAGGGCCAGCGAGUCCCCGUCACGCUGAGCCGGGGGCACCCGACACGUCUUGCUGCUGUUCCGCCCCAGCCUUAACCAGGACCACAAAAAUUCAGGCUGGCGUUUUUUCUAGACCCUCGUGGUCCCUCGUCUAGAGUAUCUGUCCAGCCCUGCCUGCCGGGGGCCGGUCUGAGGUGUGGCUGCACAGCCGGGAGGCGGAUUUGUCAGCAAGCCCAGAGCUCCCGCUUCUCAGGUUGCCUUCAGAGCCGUCCUCCUGGGAGGCCGGGACGCGCAGUGCAGGGAGGCCGGGACGCCCAGUGCAGGGAGGCAGGGAUGCUGGCACCACUUUGUUUGAAUUUUCUGGAACUAUACGCAGAACGAGGAGCCUGUGCUUCAGAUUACCAUGCAGUGGGGCCAGAUCUUGAGAACACGGAGGGGAGUCUGGGGUGCCGGCACCGAGAGCUGGGUGACGACAGGCCAGACUGGGCCCCUUGGUUGGAAGUGGGCUGUGCUGCUGGUUCCUCCUCAGUGAGUGUCCCAAACAGGAGUUUCUAAAAGGUUUUGGUGCAGAAGCAGAACUGUGCUUUUCAGUGGCAGCCGCGUGAAAGGGAACAGCAUUUGUGUCUCUCUGGGCGGGAGCAGUACUUAGAAAAAAUCACUUCUGUUACAUUGUAGUCCAGCCUUUUAUAAUAAUACGAUGCAGGUCACAAGAUGAAAAGCUGUCGCAAAAUCCUAACCAGGUGUUUACUGGAGUUACUGAGAUUCCAUCUGAAAACUGUGACGUUAAUAACUUCAUGUCAGUGAGUGGGCAGCUCAUGUUUAUGACAUGGUGUCUUUUUCUUGAAACAAGUUUCUGAGGGCUAAAAAUAAAAUAGCCAAAAACA